AUGGUCGUUGAUGUGGAGUGGAACCACGUGGCUUUGACAGUGAAUGGCAAGCUCCCUCUGGACCCAUGGAGUACAGUUGUGGAGAACUGCUUUUGCUGUUAUUUCACCUUAGAGAUCUUCAUCCGCUUCUUUGGCUUCAAGCCCUGGUAUUCUUGUUGUAGAGAUCCUUGGUUCAUGUUCGACCUGGCUUUAGUGAUCCUGAUGGUGUUGGAGACUUGGGUUCUACCGCUUGUGGAGCUUUUGGGUUCAGGUGGGCCAGACAUGUCUGGCCUUUCCACCUUGCGCCUUCUGCGAUUGCUCCGUUUGACACGAAUGGUCCGCUUCAUGCGAUUCUUCCCCGAGCUUCUGACGCUGGUGCGGGGCAUGGUGCGGGCCAUGCAGUCAGUAGCCUGGAUCUUGCUGUUCUUGCUGAUCGUGACUUAUGUUUUCGCCAUCAUCUUCACAAGUCAGCUGGGAACUCCGAACUACACAAGACCCCCCGACCUCAUCGAUGCCGAGGACCCAUUGGCCCCCGAGCUCUUCAGCGACAUGGGCUCUAGCAUGAUGUCGCUCUUCACACAUGGGAUUUUGGGUGACAACCUGCACUACUUUCUGAUCACCUUGCGGGAGGACAGCAUUCCUUUGAUGUGGCUAGGCAUUGUUUUUCUCGUGUUGUGUGGAAUCAGCCUUCUCAACAUGCUCAUCGGUAUCCUUUGCCAGGUGAUUGCUGACAGUUCGGAAGAAGAGGCGAAAGCACGAGAACAGACCGAUCUGGAGAGGCUCUUGCUGGAGCUCUUCCAGGCCGCCGAUACAAAUGGAGAUGGUGCCAUCUCCGAAGAGGAGUGGUCGCGAGUGGCGUCGAGCGGACGCUGUCAGCGACUCCUGCAAAGGCUGGACCUGGAUGAGCGCAAGCCUGUAGCAGAUCGGCUCUCGGAGCUCCAGAAAACCAUUUUUGGAGGAAUACGAGAUGACGACGACAGCGAGGAACUUGCAGGGAAGAAAGUCUUCCUGGACUUUGAUCAGUUUCAAAGCCAGGUCUUAGAUCUGCGGAAAAACGCUGGUAUUGGACCGUUCGACCUCAGAAGGCUUGAGACGAAAGUGCAGCAAAAGGAUCGGCUCCUGGGAGUGAGGCUGGCCGGUCUCCAAGCCGACCUCCGGCAGAUCCUCCGGGAUGAGCUCCCCAGCUCCCCAGGAAAAACUCCGACGCAAGAGAAGCUUCUGGUGCAGGAGUUUGAAGAGCCGGAGUGGGCCGUGCUUCCGGGCACUGCUGAGGAGCCGCCACUUCCAGAAAGGCCGCGGACGCCGGCAGUUCCCAACGGCAUGCAGCCGGUUCUGCCUGGGCAGCUGGAAGAGGUAGAGGUUCAAGCAGAGGCUCCCAAAACCAAAAGGGAGUGGCUGCGCGAGGUACCAACUGAGCUGCUGAUUGACGUCUUGCAGUCACGCGUUCGGGGCCUUAGCGUUAUGAAGAUUGGUGUAUCUUGGAGAAAGUGGGCCUUGUCAUAG